AUGUUCGUUACACAUUCAACUGCCAAUGGGUUUGCCCUCAACGUGUUGCUACGCAACGACGAUGACGUUGAGACGUUGCUAUGGACACACGAUAAGUUAAGUGACACAGAUGUAUGGGAAAAUGCGUUCAUUACGGUGCCAACGUGCGCCACACAUUGCGAGAUCGUAUUAGAAGCAGUGAAAGGGAAUUCGCGAUAUAUGGAGAUUGGCGUCGACGAUGUUGAAAUACAAGAGAUGGUUCUUACCACUCUUGCACCACUGCCUGUCGUAGAGUGUGAUUUUGAGUACGAUCUCUGUGGGUUCACGCAGGAUGAUACGGACGAUUUUGAUUGGACGUUGAUCACAGGUGAAACACCAUCUGGGGCGACGGGGCCGACAGACGACCAUACAUACGGUAGUACGCGAGCUGGAAGCUAUAUUUUCACCGAAUCGUCAAAACCACGCAUUGAAGGUAACGCAGCCAGAUUGAUUAGUCCUAUUUACCAACCCGAAAACAUCGACGACGUCUUUAUUUUAACAUUCUAUCAUCACAUGCAUGGGACCACGAUGGGGACCCUCAACGUGUACUUAAGCAACGUUAACGAAACACGUUUACAGCGUAUAUGGAGUAAAAGUGGUCGAGAACAGCGUACGUACGGCAAUCACUGGUUUCACACAGAAUUGGUAUUUAAUGCCACGUCUCCUUUCCAGGUGAUUUUUGAAGGCGUAAUUGGGGCCAGUUUUCUCAGUGACAUGGCGAUCGACGAUUAUAGUCUUCUACGAAAUGCGUCUGAUCAAUCAACUGUUGCCACGUCGACAACCAAAUUCGUGACGUUUGAUGUUAUACCGACCUCGGAUGGGACCAUCGCCAGCGACGCGCCACAUCCCUACAUUACGGAAUCGUCGAUAGUCGACAUGAAUAUAAACGACUCGGAAGUGACGUCAUUCACUCAGUUAAGCAAUGGUCCGACGACUACCAGGAAUACAGAAAUUGACAAUUCCAAGUCAAAAAUUCCGGGAUAUGAGCAUGAAGGUCAGGGAGGGACAUCGCUCCUGCCAUCAGCGGCACUAAAUUCAACAGACAAUUUUGUGACCAAACAUACGAGUGAGUAUGUUUUCUUGGUGUGCGUUAUCGCCGCUUUGAUCGUCGCCAUAGUUGUUACCAUAGCAAUAGCAAUUGCAGUCUGUCAUUGCAAGAAAGACAAUAAAAUUCAGUCGAGUGCGGGCAGUGUGCACAACACGGCAUUUACAAUGAGCGAAGAAACUGGCGUGACAACGAAACAAUGUCACCAGUCAGACUUUACGAAUGGCAAUUGGCGAAGUGUGAUGCCCACCGGUAUAUCGAAGGAUACACUGACGCAAGUCGUGAUAAAUUAGCUUGAUAUGCCACAAUAUAUGUACAAUUAUCAAAUAUUUAUA